AUGAGUACCUGGCCGAUACCGUUAUCCGAGGAAGGGACGAUGAAACUUACCCAGAACUCCCAAAUCCGCUGCUUCGCUCACAUCCUGAAUUUGGUUAUGAAAACAAUAUUGAGGUCUUUAGGCGCUAGUUCACAUAAGGAAGCCUGUGACUUCCUUGAUGAUGUUGCUAAGAGGAGCUGGAAGACUAUUAAAGCUCCUACGUCCCCUAUUGCAAAGCUUCGACUACUUGUCCUUUGGAUUGCGCGAUCUCCUCAGCGAAUACAAAAGUGGGAUAAUCGACCUGGCUGUACAAAAGCAAUCCACUACGAUGUUGAUACUCGAUGGAACUCUACAUUUGCAAUGAUUGAGAGAGCGGAAGAGUGUCGCCUGCAGCUUGAAGAUACAGUCAACGAUGAGCCAGAUAUCGAAGCCUUACGUCUCACACCUGAGGACUGGAGGCAGCUCUCAGAUAUAAAGAAAAUCCUGGUUCCCUUCAACGAAUAUACCGAAUAA